CUUGUUGAUUGACUAGUCCGAGUUGACCAUCUAAGUACACAAUCGUGCAACAUUCAUGCAUGAAUUGAGGUGCUUCAUCAACAGAGAAAGUUAUACACGAAAGGCCACACCAGACUCAGCCUUACUACACACACAAAAGACUCAUCAGAUCCGGCCACAGACGCAGCAUCAGGCGCUCAUCUGAUCUGCCUGCCCUUCACAUCACACUGAGCACCUCCACUUCAUCAGCCAUGAAAUACUGACUGCCCCUAAACAGAGCACGGCCAUCCCCAUCCCUCACCCCCACACAGGCCAAAGGCACAUCGCGGCUGGAGAUGUACUGAAAGCAGCUACGCAAAUCAGCAGCAGGGCUGCCCUCGUUGCCCAAAGACAACCACUCGAUCAUCAGCUUCUCCCGCCCCCCAGGCACUGUCCCGUCCGCCCAGUCACAGACACUGACUGGAUACCUGCCGCCAUCUGCCUCCUCCCGCGCAGCUACAGACACGAACUGCCUGCCUUCCAUCAUCUUGGUCGGUUUGUCGAAGUAGCGGUGAGGGAGAACUGCCACACAUCACAGCAGUAUGUAUUCACUCUUCUUGGGUCAUCUGGCAGCUCGAUGCCGUCACUCAUGUAAGCGCCGAACACCUAGCCGCCCUUCUUGAUGGCAAAUACCAGGCCACGGGCAUCGCCCACACACCGCAGCAUAUCAGCAUACGAUGGUCCAUUACGAGAUGCUCUGCAGAGAGAAGAGAUUGACAGAUAUACCACGCAUCAAAGGCAAGUGUACCUGUAGAUGAGCUUCAGUCUGAUAUUUGCGACUGUCAGUCCAAGGAAGCGAUAGAGUGCAGCGGAUUUGACGGGAUCCAACGUUGAAUCCUCGAUCACCUGCGAUGACAGACAACGAUAGAGAGCAUAGGUAGAAUACUGAUGCUUCUUCGUCUUGCUGAUGUGUGUGUCACCUUUAGCGACCGAAGUGAGCGGCCGUCGACACGAAUAACCUCCACUUCAUCAGCCAUAAAGUCCCAACUGCCCCCAAAGAGAGCAUGGCCAUCCCUACGCCUCACUCCCUCAUAGCCCUCAGGCAAUUCAUCUCUGUCGAUGUACUGAACGCAGUUGCCCAUGUCACCGGCAGGGCCACCCCCAUGGCCUAACCACAAGCACCCACCGAUCAGCACCUUCGCCCCCCCAUGCACUAUCCCCUCCCGGCCAGCCACAUACACUGAUUCCCGGACUUUCAUCAUCUUGGUCGCUUUGUCGAAGUGGCCGGCCAGCGAGAAACGCCACAGACCACACUGGUAGCUGUCGUAGCUUGUUGGAUCGUCGGGCAGUUCGAUGCGGUCGUUGAAGUAGGCGCCUCGCCCUCACCCUUUCGCCUCUCAAAUUCAUCCACCAAUUGCAGCCGCUCGCCGAUUGUCACCUCGCCUGCAUUCUUGGUGGUCACCCGACGACAGACAGACCAGAGCAUUCUACCUGUCUUGAAGUGAAUACAUUCCCUCUACCUGUGCGGCUUGUGGUGUCGUAUGUCUUGCUUCGGGCAGGGAGGGCGGGAGGGACUCCGCGCGAUACCGUGCGAGUCGCCGUCGACGCAGAAAGGGGCGACUGGUUCACCCACGCUGAUCGCCGGCCGACCCAUAGCUAUCAGUGGAUGUUUCAAAAAGGCCGACUCAGGGUCAUCUGAAGCCGCUACACAAUCGACAUACAAUUGCAUCUUUGUCUGCACGGCUCUCGGCAUGUGUUGUUUUUCCGCUCACGGGCAGACGAUGACUGUUGGCGAGCGCCGCCCUCCGAACCGACGGGCGGCUCGACUCCCGCUGUCCGUAUCUGCAGGACACAACGGACACAGUGAUGUUAGAUUAGCGCUCAUUGGAUGUCGUGUACACGCCGUAUCCCUGUGGUGCAUGUGAUGGUCUUGUUUGAGGGCCCCAU